UGGUUGGGGAAGGAAGAAGCGCGAGCAUGAGUCAGCGCGACGACGACCGGCAUGGAGGGUUCACGCCUGGAGGCCCACCUGCGCUCAACAGUCAGCCAGCCAAACGUGUUAACGCUGCGAAUCCAUUUGCAUCCGGACCUGUCGCGACGGUGAAUCAAGUUCGACCUGGGGCUGUAUUCGGCGUACCCCCAGGCACAGUUCCAUUCCGACCAUCAGCGUCAAGUCAGUUGAACACGCCACUCGGCCACAAGCAGUUGCCGGAUCCUCCGCCGAUGGCCGACACAACUGGGGUUGCGAACCCACCAAAACCUGCCCAAUUUCACACACACGAAUUCGAUACCGAUUCACUUGUCCAUGCAUUUCAGACGACGAACCUCAACUCGACACCAUUUGGCGGUCCGACCGAGCUUCCUGCAGGACUGUCCAUUCAGCAUGACGAUCCCUUCCAGCGUGUUCCAUCGAUCACAUCGUCGUUUCCCAUAUCUUCCAACAUAUUUCAAGCCCCACCUCCACCCAGCGCCGCUGCUGUGCCGCGCGACCUGUUUACGUCAAACUUCAACUCAGGCGAUUCCGUGGGAAGCGAUGCAUUUCCCACCAACGACCCCAACACAUUUGCACGUGCCCCACCGCUGCCGCCAGCGCGACGAGACAGCUUCAACAGCCCCUUUGAGACCGCGCCAUCCAACGUGCACGACCCUUUCCGACAAUUGCAGUACCAGAACCAACCGCCCGCGACCCCGCCGCCGCCCGCCGCGCCCUUUCUCAACUACAACUCGAGUCCGCAUCCCCACAUUCCAUCUACGUCGCCGAACACGCUGUUCAAUCAACCUCCACCGUCAGCAUCACCAAAGCCAUUCGCGACGCAACCACAGCGGCCACCUCCUUCGCCGCAAAGCCAACUCUCGCGGGACAUCACGAUGGCUCCUCGAACUGUGGACGAUUUGUUCGAGGAAUUCAUGAGCCAUGUCGCCCCCGACAAGCUCCCGUCCCCCGUCACAAACGUGUACGACCUUCCGCCUACGCUGGACACACUGGUGGGCUUGUAUCGGGAGCAACAGUGGCAACAACUUGAAGCGAAAGCAUGGAGCAUGCUGAGCUCACCCGACCCUGAAUUCAACCUGCACGUGCAUACGUGGGCCAUGGUGGCUCUCAUGAAGCUUGGCAAAAUCGACGACCUCGAGCAGCAAGUGAUUGUACUUGGCGAUCUGGACCACCACCAGUACCAGUACGAGUCGUACCCAGAGCAAUACGGCGGCAAGCGCGGAUCGUUUGUGCCGUUGCGUCUGCGGUACAUGGCGGUGCAGUUGCCGCGCUUGAAAAAUAACGUGUCCAUGUACGAGACGAUGGCGAGCCAGCUGCUUGUGGAUUUGCAGCAAAACGCAUUUGACCUGACGCCUGAAAACGCGACCGAGUGGCAGCACAUUGUGUCGACAAACUUGAUCCAUUCGUUCCUCGAUCGAAAAAAGUUUGACGCCGCCCUGCGCCUCGCCACGGCCCUGUACAGCGCCCAGCACCUUGGCGCCGACGCUAGGCAGCGCGUGAUCUUGGCUUCACGUCUCGGGCGCAUUUACUUGCAACUGGGCGACUUGACGCGGGCGGAAGAAUUGUUUGCGGAUGCGGCUGCUUUCAACUUGCAGAUCGAUUCCCCUCGACACGAUUGCUCGGCGCGGCUGCUCUUAAACCAGGGGCUCCUCCACUUUGCUCACAAUCGCUUUAAAGAAGCCCUCGACGCGUUCAAUACCAUCUUGGGCGUGUACAGUGGCGAUGACGCAGUCGACCAUGACAGCACCGAACCGUUCGCUUCGUGGGAUGAUGGAGACGUCGUGUCGAGCGCCGCCAACAAUAUGAGCAUCUGUGCGCUGUACUCGUGCGAAGUCCAGACGGCGGUGACAGUCCUCGAGACAGUGCUGCAAAGCGAUCCGCGGCGGCACUUGCACAGCGCCAUCGUGUUCAACUUGAGCACACUCUACGACCUCGUGUGCGACAGCGCCAACAGCACGAACCGCAAGGGAAUGAUCAAGCGCCUCGCCGACACAUAUAACGUCGAGCACAUUGACACGGCAUGCUUUCGCAUAUAAAUCAAUCUUAAUGCACAAGUUUCUGUCGCUUCGGA